CAAAAGUGAGUUUCAAAAUGACAUUUGUAGAUUAUAUAACAUCAUGACUAACUGCAUGUAACUAUUUGAUGAGUAAUGAUUGUGACUAACCAGUUGCAUGUUUUUGUUCUUUAUAUCGUCCUAGUGUUUUGUGUUGUUGUUUAUAUAGUAUAGUUCAGAUGUAUGUAGGAGAAAAAAAUUUCCAGUUAGUUUUGCCUUUCGACGGAAUUUCCUCAGUUGUUCAAAACUUUUUCUGAUAAAAACGAGUCAGAAACUCAAUAAGAACACAAACGGAGAUCAGGCUCAUGAUCAGCACUGCCAUGAUUAUUCUAGAAAACUAGUUUUUGAUCACUUGAGAAGGUUCUCUUGUUAGAUCUGCUAAUUUUUCCCGAUGCCAAAUCUUUUUUUCCCUUUACUGCAACGGUACUGAUGAUUUUCUCAUUGCAGAUAUUCAACCGUUCACUGCUGGAUUCAUAUCACAAGACAUACUGAAAGCAUUAUUGAACUACAAUGUCUAUGCUAUUAUUAAACGCCAAUCAAAUACCACAAAUGCUAUUUAUUUGUAUAAAAAGGGAUAUCAAUAUGAUAUAUUCACAUUGAUUAUUCAAGGGAGUGCAACAUUGGAAUCCGGCGUUGAAAAAAUCAUAUCAAUAGUGGGACCAUUUAGUUCAUUUGCAGCUAAUGCACUCGUUUCUGAAGAUACAUCGAUUAAAGACCUUCAUGAAGCCUUAUGCCAUUCAUCUGGUCAAUUAUCUAAACUUGAAGAAUAUUUUCCCGUAUUUACGCCCGAUUAUAAUUUAAUUAUUCAUAAUGAGUUACAUGUUCUACAAAUUCAUCGUUAUGUUUGGUUAGCAGCUGUAAAAGCAACGUAUCGUCAACGAAAUGAACCAUCAUGUAAAAAUUCAACACCAGAACAAUUAUUAUUAAAUGCACUCGAUGAAAUAGGGUCAACAUCACAGACAUCUUUUGAUAAAAAUAAUUUAACAAUAUCUCAUGAAAAAAGUUUAUUAGAAAAUGGUGGAGGCGUAAUGAGAAUUUAUUAUCCGAAUGGUAUCGGUGGUGGUGGUGAUUCAGUUCAGUCGAAAAAUUUUGGUAUUGAGCCCAUUGUCUCAGCAAUAAAGACAUCUACAAUGCCUAUGUUAUGUGGCCCAUUAACUGUUCGUAAUCCUUUAUUGUUGGGUGUUCCACUUAACGCAAAAAUCGAUCAUCUCAGCGAAAGUGGUGAAUCAAAUGAAUUCAAUUCAAGUAUGUAUAUAAAUCGAAUGUUUGACGAAGAUCUAACACUAAAUCAAAGUAAACAAGACGAAAAAAAUGAUGAACAUGAUCAUUUAUUAACAACAAGAAGUUGUCCGGAUCAAGGAGUUCAGAUGCUUACAUCGGAUAAUCAAUUGGCACUUACUGCACACGGACAUUCACAGUCAGAUACAUGUUUAUUAAUGUUCGGUGACGAUCAACCAACGCUUACACUCGAAACAGCAUCUGAUCAAACACAACAAGAAGAUGAAAAGCAACAACAAAGGACUAGUGAUAUUAAAGAUGAAAUAAAUCAAAAAUCAGUUAAACCUUGUUCACCUUCUUAA